AUGGGGAAAGCGGCCGCUCAGAGCCGAGGAGGGGGCUGCGGCGGCCGCUCCCGUGGGCUCUCGUCGCUCUUCACGGUGGUCCCCUGCCUGUCCUGCCACACGGCGGCGCCGGCCAUGAGCGCGCCCACCUCCGGCUCCGAGCCGGAGCCCCAGCCUCAGUCCCAGCCUCAGCUCCAAGCCCAACUUCAACCCCAGCAGCAGCCACAGCCCCAAGCGGGGCCGACCACGGAGCCGCCACUGGAGUCGGUUCUGGAGCGAGUACCAAGGAUAUCUGAGCCAGGACCCAGCGCUGGGCAGGGACGGGAGCUGAUGCUGAAGUUACGGCCGAGGUCCGAGUCCAGUCCGGGGGGCAGGACUGGCGCCCAGCACAGGACCUCAUUGGAGCAGCUGAUCUUGGAGGUGACAGAGAGCGCGCCGGUGCCCAAAGUGGAGUCCGGGUUGGUGCCGGCGGCUCUCAAGCCGCUGCCGCUUCCGCGACCUGGACAGGCCAAGACCCCCGUGGGGGUGCCCGUGGCGGGAAGCGGCACAAGCUCCAGCGUCCCGAUGGGCUCCCUGACCCUGGACAGCUUCAAGGGUUGGCUUCUUAAGUGGACCAACUACCUGAAGGGCUACCAGCGCCGCUGGUUCGUGUUGGGCAAUGGCCUGCUGUCUUACUACAGGAACCAGGGGGAAAUGGCCCACACCUGCCGUGGCACCAUCAACUUGGCCACAGCUCACAUAGACACGGAGAACUCUUGUGGCAUCUUGCUGAUCAGCGGGGCCAGGAGCUACCACCUCAAGGCCAGCUCGGAGGUGGACCGGCAGCAGUGGAUCACUGCCUUGGAGCUGGCCAAGGCCAGGGCUGCCCGCAUGAUGAAAAUCCAUUCAGAUGACUCUGGGGACGAUGACGACGAGACUGUGGCCCCCACUGACAAGAGCGAGCUGCGCUACACCCUGAAGAACCUGUCCUUGAAAUUGGACGACCUGAGCACGUGCAACGACCUCAUCGCCAAGCACGGUGCCGCGCUCCAGCGCUCGCUGACGGAGCUGGACGGCCUCAAGAUCCCGGCUGAGAGUGGGGAGAAGCUGAAGGUGGUGAACGAGCGGGCCACCCUCUUCCGCAUCACGUCCAAUGCUAUGAUCAACGCCUGCAAGGACUUCCUGGAACUAGCGGAGCUCCACAGCCGGAAAUGGCAGCGGGCGCUGCAGUAUGAGCAGGAGCAGCGCGUGCACCUGGAAGAGACCAUCGAGCAGUUAGCCAAGCAGCACAACAGCCUCGAGCGGGCCUUCCGCAGUGCCCCUGGCAGGGCCACCAACCCUGCCAAAAGCUUCAGCGAGGGAAGCCUCUUGACUCCCAAAGGAGAAGACAGUGAGGAAGAUGAAGAUACCGAGUACUUUGACGCCAUGGAAGACUCCACAUCAUUCAUCACCGUGAUCACCGAGGCCAAGGACGACAGAAAAGCUGAAGGUGGAACUGUGCCGGGCCCUGUAGACUGGGCCUCAACAGACAAUGGGAGUGAGGUGCUGGACAGUGCUGCGCUUGUGCCCAAAGGCGCAUCCAGGGUCAGGAGGAGAUCCCGCAUCCCCGACAAGCCCAACUACAGCCUUAACCUCUGGAGCAUCAUGAAGAACUGCAUUGGCCGGGAGCUCUCCAAGAUCCCUAUGCCAGUGAACUUCAACGAGCCCCUGUCCAUGCUCCAGCGGCUGACGGAAGACCUGGAGUACCACCACCUGCUGGACAAGGCGGUGCACUGCGCCAGCUCGGUGGAGCAGAUGUGCCUGGUGGCCGCCUUCUCCGUGUCCUCUUACUCCACCACUGUGCACCGUGUUGCCAAGCCCUUCAACCCCAUGCUGGGGGAGACCUUCGAGCUAGACCGCCUCGAGGACAUGGGCCUGCGCUCGCUCUGUGAGCAGGUGAGCCAUCACCCCCCUUCGGCUGCACACUAUGUGUUCUCCAAGCACGGCUGGAACCUCUGGCAGGAGAUCACCAUUGCCAGCAAGUUCCGGGGGAAAUACCUCUCCAUCAUGCCGCUAGGUGCCAUCCACUUAGAAUUCCAGGCCAGUGGAAAUCACUACGUGUGGAGGAAGAGCACCUCAACUGUGCACAACAUCAUCGUGGGCAAGCUCUGGAUCGACCAGUCAGGGGACAUCGAGAUUGUGAAUCAUAAGACCAAUGACCGGUGCCAGCUCAAGUUCAUGCCCUACAGCUACUUCUCCAAAGAGGCAGCCCGAAAGGUGACAGGGGUGGUGAGUGACAGCCAGGGCAAGGCCCACUAUGUGCUGUCGGGCUCGUGGGAUGAGCAGAUGGAGUGCUCCAAGAUCCUGCACAGCAGCCCCAGCUCUGACGGGAAGCAGAAGACAGUCUACCAGACCCUGCCAGCUAAGCUGCUGUGGAAGAAGUACCCACUGCCGGAGAACGCGGAGAACAUGUACUACUUCUCGGAGCUGGCCCUGACCCUCAACGAGCAAGAGGAGGGCGUGGCGCCCACCGACAGCCGCCUGCGGCCGGACCAGCGGCUCAUGGAGAAGGGCCGCUGGGACGAAGCCAACAUCGAGAAGCAGAGGUUGGAGGAGAAGCAGCGUUUGUCCAGGCGUCGCAGGUUGGAGGCCUGCGCGCCGGGGCGCGUGUGCGGCUCCGAGGAAGAGAAGGAGGCAGACACCUACGUCCCGCUCUGGUUCGAGAAGAGGCUGGACCCGCUGACCGGGGAGAUGGCCUGCGUGUACAAAGGCGGCUACUGGGAGGCCAAGGAGAAGCAAGACUGGCACAUGUGCCCCAAUAUCUUCUGAGGGGCAAAAACACAGGCGGCUCACUUUUCCUGUAAUGCAUUCAACUUA